CGAAAAGCCAAUUAAAAUGUUGUUCUUUUUUAUUUUCCUUUUAUUGCUUGUAGUUAACAAAGGAGGCCCAAAAGGCCCUUAACCUCUUUCCCAAACUUCAGAACUGAAAUACAACGCACACUGCACGCUCUUCUUCAACAGCUGACAGUCCCAUUCUUGUCCGCCGUCGCCGUGAAACUAAUGCUCGCCGACGUUUGCAAAGCAGACACCCCGUGAAAAAGGGAUUGUAAAAAAGGCAAACAAGAAUGACUUCAAUUGUGCCGAUUCAAACUGACUCCUACAAUCUUGGGUUUGUCGGGGCCGGAAAAAUGGCUGAGAGCAUUGCAAGAGGCAUUGUCAAAUCAGGGGUUUUACCUGCUUCCAACAUUCGGACUGCACAUCUUGCCACCUCUCGAAGAACUGCCUUUGAGUCAUUUGGCGUCAAAGUCCUUUCUCACAACGUGGAGGUUGUUCAAGAGAGUGAUGUGGUUGUAUUCUCAGUGAAACCUCAAGUUCUUAAGGACGUGAUACUGCAGUUAAGGCCGCUGCUUUCAGAAAAACAACUCUUGGUCUCUGUUGCUGCUGGAGUCAAGCUCAAAGAUUUGCAGGAAUGGGCUGGACACAGCCGGUUUAUAAGAGUAAUGCCCAACACUCCAGCUGCUGUUGGUGUGGCUGCAUCCGUUAUCAGCCUGGGGACCACAGCAACUAAGGAAGAUGGAGAAUUAAUCGCAACAUUGUUUGAUGGAAUCGGCAAAGUGUGGACAGCCGAUGAAAAGCUGUUUGAUGCUGUUACUGGCUUGAGUGGUAGUGGACCGGCAUACAUAUAUUUAGCAAUAGAAGCUUUAGCCGAUGGAGGUGUAGCUGCUGGUCUACCUAGGGAGCUUGCACUCGGUUUAGCUUCUCAAACUGUAUUAGGAGCAGCAUCCAUGGUGGCAAAUGCCGGGAAGCAUCCAGGUCAGCUGAAAGAUGACGUGGCAUCGCCAGGUGGCACGACCAUAGCCGGGAUUCACGAGCUGGAAAAAGCUGGUUUUCGUGGGAUUUUGAUGAACGCGGUUGUGGCUGCUGCUAAACGCAGUCGCGAACUUUCUUAGAGUUAGUUUUUCAUUAUCCAAAACUCUUACCACAUAUCAAAUUUCAAGAUUAAUCUGCAAAAUUGCACUCAUAGUUUUGUUAUAUCUCUUUAUCUUCUGUACUACAUUUUUGAUAUGUGGGUUAUUAUUCAUUUAUUCCAUACAUUGCCUUUCAUUUCCCAAGUCUUUUCAUUUGUGAGGGAAGAAAAUCAUUCAUCUUGAAUCAUUCUUU